GAUCCCAUCACAUACCGUACGAUUGCAACACCACGCUAGAUUGCAUCACACCAGAUUCCAUCGCACACGAGAGCAUCGCAUCGCAUCGCAUCGCAUCGAAGCAGCCAAUUGCAGCACAGCACAACACAACACAACACAACACAACACGACAAACAAAACACAGAAGGCACCGCCGUAACAUGUCCGACGAGGCAGCAGAUGAUCUCGACUGGAACGACGAAGACUUUGUCCUCACCAGGGUCAAGGCCAGCGGGUGGGACCUGCGGCUCGCCCCCAGCAAGAUGCGGGACCGCCGGAGGAUCGUCCUGGGAGCGGUGCGCUCGGAACCCUUUGCCCUCAUGUGGGCCUCCGAGACGCUCAAGAACGACACCGAGGUCGUCACCCUGGCGGUCGGGAAAUACUGGGACUCGCUGGGCUUUGCCUCGACCGAGCGGAGGGACGACCCGGGGAUCCUCUCGAUCGCCCUCAAGCAGACCGGGGCGGCGCUGCAGCACGCCUCGAAGCGCCUCCGGGGCAGCAAGCCGACCGUCCUGGAGGCCGUGAAGAAAGAGGGGAUCGCCCUCCGGUUCGCCUCGGACAAGCUCAAGCUGGACAAGGACGUCGUCCUGGCGGCCAUCCGGAGCAACGCGAGGGCACUCCUCUACGCCUCGGAGGAGCUGAGGGGCGACGUGGACGUCGUCAAGGCCGCGGUGUCGCAGGACAGCCUCCUGAUUUGUUACGCGUCGGAGAAGAUGCAGUCCAAUCCAGAGGUAGUGCGAAUGGUGAAGCGAAGACAGUUUGACGACCUAAAACACUUCCGGUCCUCGCCGAAAAAGGCCAGGAUUGCCUUGUGAUCGAUGCGAUGCGAUGCUUGGCGGGA